GACAGAUGUAAAUCCAAAAUGGCUGCCGAAGUGCUAAUUAAGAAGGGGAAAAGAGGAGCGGCUGCUUAUUUUCAAUCGGAAUGUGCGAGAACGACCAACCCGAAGCAGCUUAACGAGUUAUUGGACAUUAUUCUGGAUCCUCGAAAGCCCAUCGACAUAUGGGACACGAUAGACUGGUGCAAAUGGCUCAUGGCAGGGGGCAAGACGCCCGACGAAUUCUCCCAGACAGUGCGCAGGUACGACAAUGCAACGACGUGUGGCCUGGUGUGGACGGCCAACUUUGUGGCGUACCGGUGCCGCACGUGCGGCAUCUCGCCCUGCAUGUCGCUGUGUGCCGAGUGCUUCCAGCAGGGCGACCACCAGGGCCACGACUUCAACAUGUUCCGCAGCCAGGCGGGGGGGGCCUGCGACUGUGGAGACGGCAACGUCAUGCGCGAGGACGGGUUCUGCCACCGGCACGGCCCCAAGGCCCAGGAGGGCAAGCCCCCGGCGCCUCCCGACCUGCUCUGCGUGGCCGAGUCCAUGAUGCCUCGCGUCAUCCUGCGGCUCAUCCAGCACCUGAGGGAGCACAGCGACGCAGCCGAUGCCGCGAAUGUGGACCAGAAAGCGGUACAGAAGGCCGACGGCUUCCUCACCAUGCUUCACCAGCUGAGUGAGAUGGGGGCUGUGAUGCGCCAGGUGAUGACCAACGCCCUCACCAACCCCCUCAGCUACAGGAUCCUCACGGGACCGGCAGCCCUGGAGACUGAGGAUGAGGCCAAGGCCAACUUCAUCCGCCAGAACAACGAGCGCUAUGAGGAGGCCAAGCGCAAGCUCAAGAACUGGGAGAGCCCACCCGAGUACCAAGAGAUCACGGCCCUGCAGCCCAACCUCGUCCACAACAGCUUCCUGGAGGAACUGGUCUUCUGGAUGGUCAAGUUCGAGUUUCCCCAGAAGCUGGUCUGCUUUCUGCUCAAUAUGCUGCCAGACACCGACUACAAGGAGUCCUUCACGCAGACCUUUGUGCAACACUACAGCCGCAUCAGCCAGAUGCUGACCCAGUCGGUGGACUCGGAGACGCUCUCGAACCGGGUGGUGCACGUGAGUGUGCAGCUCUUCUCCAACGAGGCCCUGUCCCUGCGCAUGACUCAGCGUGCCCACCUGCUGCACGUCAUGGUCAUCAGCCUCAAGGCCAUGAUGUCCCUCAUCCUGCACCAGAGCACCCUGCAAGACCCUGGGAAGAACUUCCACUCUGUGGUGAACUGUGGGCACCGCAUUGCCAAGGACCACUGCUACUGGCCCCUGGUGAGCGACCUGAACAACAUCCUCACCCACCGGCCUGUCGCCCUCGAGUUCCUCAACGACCGGCGGCUGCUCGACAUGUGGUUCUCCCUCAUCGCCAUGUUCCAAGGGAUGAACCCAAACCAGCGUGAACUGUCCCAGCACGUGGAAUUCGAGCCCAACACUUACUAUGCCGCAUUCUCUGCCGAACUGGAGGCAACUGCCACGCCGCUCUGGGCACUCAUCUCCCACCUCAGGAAUGAGGAGACCCUGCCUCUCUCCAAAAAUAUCUUGGAGCACUGUUUGUCGGCACUAGAGGACUUCUUUGAUGGCAUUGGCUUCUCUCAGCACGACGUGCCCAACCCGUACCAAGUUUCGUUCCACCUCCCCUUGCACCGGUACUACUCGGUAUUCCUGUGCCAGGCAGUGCUGCACCAGGGCGCCACCCUGGUGGAGCUUCUGCCAGACAGGGACACCCUCCAAGUGCUCAUGGCACACCCUCUGCACGUCAUGGUGGCGUUCCACGAGGUGAUGUGCGGGCUGUGGGCGCGCAACGGCUUGCAGAUCAAGGGCCAGGCCAUGACGUACAUCCAGUGCCACUUCUGCAACUCCAUGGUGGAUGCGGACCUGUUCCUGCUCCAGCUGUGUGCCACCCACCUUGACUCCGACUGGUUCCUAAAGACCAUCUUCGAGAGGUUCCACGUCUGGGAGUGGCUGUCCCUCUCCCCGGGCCGCGGCAACUCUUUCCUGGACCCGGACAAGGUGUACCCGAUGCUCGAGUCCGCCCUCACCUUCCUCGCCAUGCUGCUCAACGUGCGCACCAACCUGGGCAUGACGGAGGAAGAGGUGACGCGUCAGGAGAUAGUGACCCUGCUGUGCAUGGGCGACCGCACCCACUCUCAGCUCAUGGACCUGAUGCCCGAGAAGUGCGGCAUCACCUCCCACCACACCAAGGACUUCGAGGCAUUCCUCUCGGACGUGGCAGUGUACAAGCAGCCCAACUUUGAGGCCGGGGGCAACAUGCUUCAGGGCAAGUAUGUGCCCAAGGGGGAGAUCUGGGAGCGAGAGUAUGACCCCAUUCACGUCCUCCUGAGGGCGGUCCACCGAAAGGACUACCAGGCCUCCAUGGACCGCUACACACAGUUCAUGCGGCAGUCCGGCAAGUUCAAGGGCACUGGUGCCCCGUGGCCCCCAUUCCGGAUGCCCAAGAGGGUGCACCCGGAGCUGAUCGACCCCCGCAAGCUGCUCCAGUGCAAGACCAUGCACGCCAUCAUCUUCAUCAUCUUCUACAAGGCCCUAAAUGAUCCAGAGGUGCCAGAGCAGGUGAUAGCCCUAACGGUGUAUCUGCUGGAAAUGGCCGUGCAGUUCAACCCUCAGACUGGUUCCGUCAAGGACACGCCGACGUCGGUGCACGAGGCGACGGACCUCUGCCUGUCGGAGUGGUUCCCGGAUGCUUGUGUGCUGGAGAACGUGCUGCGGAGGGUGGACGCCGUGCUGCUGCCCCAGUGCAUGGCCCUGGCCGAGUCUUUUGUGGAGGAAAUGGAGGUGGACCAAGACGUGGACGACCUCGACGACGACGGGAGCGGCUUCGACGAGCGCUUCACCGAGAUCAUCGAGCUCAGGGGCUACCCCGAACUUCCCGGGAACCCACUCCCGGAUCCGUCGCACCAAGCCGGCCCCCACCAGCUUCCCUCUUCCUCCCAGCCCCUUGCAUUGCCCUCCUCCACCAGUGACAGCAGCACGGCCCUGGUGCCUCUGGACCCAUCCAGUGGUGCCAUGGUCCCCAUCCCUUUCCUUCCCCCUCCACCCCUGCACCCCCCUUCGGACAACCAGGAGCCCCUCUCCCUCCCAGGCCCCAGCACUAGCCCCCUCUCGGCCGCACCCUUUUACUCGACCCUCCCUGGCCCCUCCUCAUCUUCGGGCUCAAACCCGUCGCUGAACCCGGCCCCAGACCCAUCCCUUCCCUUUUACCCGGCUCUCCCCGGCCCUUCCUCAUCUUUGGGCUUGAAUCCGUCGAACCCGUCACCACACACCUCCUCUCAAUUCUACCCAUCCCUUCCCGGGCCCUCAUCAUCCUCGACUCCGUCCUCGAAUCCAUCGCUGAACCCGGCCCCGAACCCGUCCCUCCCCUUUUACCCUUCCCUCCCGGGCCCCUCCUCGUCCGGCUCGGUCCCCGACGGGGGCAGCAGGGCCCUGGUGCCCGUCCCGGCGGGGCUGGUGCGGAAGCCGCCCGUGCAGCGUCGUCUGCUUCGGCUGGGGGCGCCGCCAACUGGAACACCCCUGGUGGCGGCCGGAGGGAGAGGCCUGGUCGUUGGUCCGAGGCUACGCCCUUCGUCGUCGUUGUCGACGGGCGGACGGGGUGGCACCGGGGUGCUUCACCACACGCCGCAGCGCAGCAUCGGUCCCUGCGACGUCGUCAAGGCGCUGCCCCCCUCCGGUCGCCCCCUGGUGGCCGUGGAGGAGAGCAUCCUGUCGCUGCUGCUCAAGCUGCACUCGAAGCUGUCGGGCAGUCCCAACUCGUACCGGCCGCCGUCCCUGGACGACCCCGGGCCCCCCCGGGAGGAGCAGGAGGUGCGGGUGGGGGACGGGCCCCGCUACCUGGGGCUUCUGCUGGACCAGCUGGCCAGGCUGACCCGGCCGGGGGACGGGGGCCUGGGCCCCGUGGAGGAGCAGCGGGGACGCAUCUGGCCCCAGAGGGAGGACCCCGUCGCGGACGAGGCGCCCAAUGCGGGCAGGGAGGCCUCCGACCGAGAGGAGCGGAGACGGCGUGCGAAAGAGCGCCAGAUGAAGCUGAUGGCCGAGUUUGCCAACCGCCAACGCUCGUUCCUCAAGAAGGCCAUGGAGAUUGAGGGCGAGGAAGGCGACCCGUCGGACGAGUACGAGCGGAACCCCAUUGUGACGGUGGCCAAAGAGUAUGAGUGCAUCAUCUGCAGCCAGACGUCUUCCUCCACCGAGGACAGGCCCAUAGGCAUGGUGGUGCUCCUGCAGGCCACCAGCGUGCUGGGCCACGCCCAGGAGGCGGAGGAAGAGGCCCGCAAGCUCCCCUGCACGGACGAGGAGCGUCUCCUGCUGCUCGAGGACUCCAGCCGCGCCGCCCACAUGAAACUGCGCUUCGACGGCCUUGCCCGGCACUUCGACGACCACUCGUGGUCCCAGUCGGUCAACAUUGGCUGGGAAGGAGGGGUGCACGUCCAGUCCUGCGGUCACUACAUCCACGUGGACUGCCACAAGUCAUACAUGCUGUCACAAAAGAGCCAGCAGAGCCAGCGGCUGCAGACGGUGGCCGUGGAGCGAGGGGAGUACUGGUGCCCCCUGUGCCGGCAGCUGGCCAACUCGGUGCUGCCCCUGCACCCCGAGGAGCAGGCCCUGGCCCUGGCCCGGAGGGGGUGCCCCCCCCUGCGCACCCUUGCCCACGACCUCCUCACCCUCCUGGGGCAGGUGCCCACCCCAGUGCAGACUAUCCUGAAGCCGAUGGCCUCGUUCAUGGAGGACCUGACCAACACCACCUUUGGCCAGUACCGUUCCCUCUCCUCACAACACAGCACCUACAGCCUCGUGCUCUUCGUCUGCUCCGUUGCCAGAACAAAUUUGGAGGCCGAGAUAGUGUAUCGAAAAGGAACGCUUUGCUCGCCCCAGGCUGUCAAGAAGUCCUGUUUUGUGCCCCUGUUCCACGUGCUGUCCCUCCACGCCAAAGUGCUGACCGAGAUGCCCCACACGCGCCUCUGGUCUCACCUGACGGGACUGAGCCUCGACGACAACCCUUCUAGUCUAACGGCCUUGGAGAAGGAAGUGCCACUCGUGAUGCGGGAUGUGUCGGCGAUCCUCCUUGAGCUUCUGCUCACCCUUCCCAUAAACCUGGACAAAGCAUACUACACCUGCAUCGUGCGGGUACUGUACGUGCUGCACUAUGUUCAAGUGCUGGUGCAGCUCAGCUGCAAGAUGAGCCACGACGCCAGAACGCGCUGGAAGCACCUCAGCUCUCAGUAUUCCCUAGAGUCGGCUGGAGCGGUGCUGGGUCAAAUAGUGGACCACCUUGAACACAGCCCACUCUACCUGGACGACGACGACAUCGAUGCCAAACACAGGUGCCAGGAGUGGAGUGAAUCGGAGCUGGAGCAGAGGUUGAAAGAGAUGACCACUCCCUUCCUGAGGAUGGCCGCUCUCACGCAAGCACACCUGUACGACGAGCAGCUGCCCCUGGUCACGGACCCGGAAGGGGAGUAUGAGUCCGUGUGCCACUUCCUGGGCCUGACCGGCAGGGAAGGGGCCCAGCAGGGGCAGUCGGGCCUGGCCACCAGCUGCCUCUCCUGGGCCACCUCGGAGCCCCACAUCCUCCUGCGCACCUGGUGCCAGGACUAUGGCAACUUCGUCGGCAAGUCUCCGAUUGCUGCCAGGAGCCUGGUGGAGUGCCGCUGGCGCUGGGCACAGCCCCGCCUGCUGCUGCUGCCCGGCCGCUACGACCAGCUGUUCCAGUACUACCACAGCCGGGCGUGCCGGCUGUGCCACAGCGUGCCCAAGGACCCCUCCGUCUGCCUGGUGUGCGGCACCCUCGUCUGCCUGAGGGAGAACUGCUGCCGGCAGCAGGCCUACUACGAGGCCGUCCACCACUCUAUCAACUGUGGAGCGGGCACGGCCAUCUUCUUGGCAGUGAACUCGUCCACCAUCAUUGUGAUUCGCGGCAAGAGGGCCUGCCUCUGGGGCUCAGUCUACCUGGACAGCUUCGGAGAAGAGGACAGGGACCUCAAGCGUGGCAAGCCACUCUACCUGAGUGUGGAACGGUACCAGCUUCUGCAGGAGCAAUGGACGACGCACGCAUUCGACCACACCUCCAAGCGCUGGGUGUGGCACAAGGACAACCUGUGAUGCUUCCUCCCUCUGCUUCCCCCUCUCACCCCUUGACGCCCCACAGCUCCCCUAGGUUUGUUGUUUCGCAGAAUGCUACUGCCUAUAUACAUAUGUACAGGAGGCGCACGUUACAUAGGAUCUUUCCCAGAGAGGACAGCUCUAGGCUGACACAAGAAGCAAGGAAGAAAUGGCUGCUUGUUUGCAUUAAAGAAGGGAAAAAUUCUGGA